AUGUCGCAAACAAUAGCACCCACUGGAGUCUCUCCGCCUCCUUCCAUCACUCUGGCUAGAAGUCUCGCUACUGGAGUUGAUGAGCUUUCUGGAAUGGGACCUUUCGAUCUUUACAAAGAGCAAAUGGACAACGGAAAUACAGAAGCAAAAGUUGAUGCAAUGAAACGUUUGCCUGUUGUGGCAUUCGCUUUGGGCUCGGCUAAGAUGCAAAGCGAGCUUUUGCCUUACUUGAAGACAAUUGCUUUGGCGCAGCCUCCCAUCGAAGACGAGCUUCUUUUGUUGAUGGCCAAGCAAAUGGAGACCUUUGUGCCUGCCUUGCUAAGCGACGCUAAGGAAAUUCUGGAGUUGGUACCAAUUGUAGAACGCCUUGGAUCAAUCGAAGAGACUGUUGUGCGGAAUCAAGCUAUUGCACUUAUGAAUCAUUUAUGUGAAAGUUUGGAAAAGGUACUUCCCUUGGACCCUUCUAUUGUUUCUUCACUCGUUAGCAUGUCAAAGCGACUGGUGGGAGCCGAUUGGUUCACUGCUAAAGUUUCCGCCGCUGGUAUGCUCCCAGCAUUGUACACCGUCAGCGACCACGCAGAUCUACCAUACCUGUACAAAGAGCUUUGUGUCGAUGAAACACCAAUGGUUAGACGAGCGGCUGCUGAACACCUAGGCAAAAUGUUGAAAGCUCUUGGAAACAAGGACAAAGCAAACGAGCUCAUCCCCGUCAUGCAACAACUUGCACGGGACGAACAAGAUUCUGUCCGAAUGCUUGCUCUUGCCUCCAUGUCUGAUGUUGGAGAUGUCUACUGCGAUGUUCCCGAAUGGACCAAGGAAUUUAUUUUGCCUUUGCUGAAGGACGCUUCCACCGAUUUGAGUUGGCGUGUCCGUCACCAUCUGUCAAAAGUGUUUGGCAAGGUCGCUCAGUCUCUAGGCUUUCAGGGGAAGCCGAAGUUUAUCAAUGACCAAUCCCUUGUUAUGGCGUGCUUUGUCUCGCUUUUGGCAGAUGUAGAAGCCGAAGUUCGUGCCGCGGCUGUUGGGCACUUCGCAACAAUGGUUCACUGGGGGGGAAGCGAUCUUUUCGUCAACCAUCUCUUGCCUUUGCUUCCUGCCUUGGCCGAUGAUGUUGUGAUGGAAGUUCGAAGCAAAUGCGCUUUGGCCAUUAUGGAAUCAAGUGAAGGAGGAACCUUGGAGGACACUCUCAUCGUUCAAUCAUUUGGACCUCUCAUCGAGGGUUUCUUGCAAGAUGAAUUCCAAGAAGUGCAACUACAAGUACUUGGAAACCUCCACAAGCUUUCACAUUUGCUACACGGUAUGAAUGGGGUUGUUUCAUCGAUCCUCAACAUGUCAAAAGCUACCAACUGGAGAGUGAGAAGAGGGGUAGCUAAGCUCUUGCCUCACUUGGCAGAAGCACGGGGACUUGACUUUUUUGCAAAUGUGUUGAUGGAGCCUGCAUGGCUGGUGUUGCUGCUGGAUCCAGUAGCAUGUGUCCGUGUUGCCUGCGUGGAAGGAAUGUCCGUCCUUGUCAAGGUUGCUGGCCAAGAAUGGAUGAGCCAACAAAUUAUGCCUCAGCACGUGAGGAUUUACAGUAAUGCCGAAACUGGGUCAUAUUUGAUCAGAAUUACCAUAUUGCAGGCUCAUGCAGAAACCGCGAAGGCCGUGCAAGAAAACCCAGGAAGCGGUGGCAGUCUAUGGAUGGACUGUGUCACCCAUAUUUUGAAGGGAAUGGAGGACAAGGUUGCAAACGUUCGAAUGGUUGCAGCUCAAGGACUGGCAAAGGUUGUGACUGCCGAUGACGCGGAUCAAAGGGCAGUCAUCGAAUCGCAAAUCAUCCCUGCGUUGGAAAAGCAAUUGGCCGACGAAACCGAUAUGGAUUGCCAAGCCGCGUGUGCCGAAGCCUUGGAAGCUGCUCAGUCGAAAUAG